CCCGUCAUGCGCCGCGGCGGUGGCGGCGGCGGUCCCGACGGAGGCGGCGGUAUGGAGGGCGAGAGCACGGUGGGGCUGCUGUCUGGCUUCGUGCUGGGCGCGCUCACCUUCCAGCAUCUCAACACCGACUCAGACACGGAGGGUUUUCUUCUCGGGGAAAUGAAAGGUGAAGCCAAGAACAGCAUUACUGAUUCACAAAUGGAUAAUGUUAAAGUCGUUUAUACAAUUGACAUUCAGAAAUAUAUUCCAUGCUACCGGCUUUUUAGCUUUUAUAAUUCUUUAGGUGAAGUAAACGAACACGCACUGAAGAAAAUUCUUUCAAAUGUCAAAAAGGUAUUAUCCUUUCUUUGUUAUCCCAAGAGAUACGAUCACUUCUUCUGUCCUCACAAACCUGGAAUGUUUUAUCUGUGCCCUUAUUUUAUUCUGCAGAGUAUAUGCCAAAAAGUUGAACAAAGUGAACGAGAAGUGGAGAAACUAAUGAUGGAUGUAAACCGACUAAAAGAAGUUAGAAAAGAACAGCAAGCGCAGAUUAAAGCAGCGGGAGAGAAGAAUGUCCAAAACAACCCCCAGGAGAACAUUCUUCUUUGUCAAGCUUUACGAACCUUUUUCCCAGAGUCUGAAGUUCUUCAUUCUUGUGUUAUUUCUUUGAAAAAUAGACAUAUUUCUCAAAGUGGAUGUAACACGAACCACCAUCUUGAUGUGGCUAAGCUGACCUUAAUGGUGGAGUAUGUUCACAGCCCUGACACUAGUCCAACCCGUGCAACUCAGAUGACUAAGCGUAAAGCUCUAGACACGCAGGACCCAUGGCCUGUAAAGAAAACGCGACUGCUGGAGACAGAGAGCAGACCUGGGACAGACUCCCGAAGCAGUCACCCAAACAGAACGUCCUCAAGCAGCCUGGAUCUGGACACAGAGAUGGGGAGCACGGAGGAGGAUGGAGAAUAUCCUCGCUCUCCCACGUUUUGAUUCUUGUUAGAUGAUAGUUUUGACUUGAUGAGGUUCAGACCACUUUUUUCUACUAUUUUUACUGUCUGCCUACUGGAGUAAUGCAUAAAGUCCAUGUUUUACUGUAUUCAGCUGUCCAUAAUGUGUGAAUAAGGUAUUUUUACUGUUCAACUGUUUAUAAUAUGUAAGUUAAUGUUUUAUAAAGUAUCUUAGAAAUUCCUAUUUGUAUCUAAUACUUUGUAAAUAAAUGCUGUGUAAAUGUGCACAGGUUCAGCUCAGGUGCAGCCUCCUCCUCACUGCCUAGCCUCCUCUCUCUGUGCCCUCUGCUACAGUGGUCCUGCUUCCUUUUAUAUCUGUGUUCUGUUGUCUUCCUUGCCCCUGUAGAUUCUUUCUCUCCUAUCUCAUAACCCCUGUCUAGUGUCUUAGCCUCUGUCCAUCCACAUCUGAAGUACGUUUUAGAAAUGGAGAUUGUUUGCCUUAUUUAUAUUUGUGGUACAGGAAUGGAAUCCAGGGCCAUGUGAAUGGUAGGCAACUUCUCUACCACUGAGUACAGUCAGUCCAGAUGGUUUUGGCUUGGUUUUUGUUGUUUGUUUUGAGACAGGGUCUCUCUGUAGUUGUGGCUGUCCCCAAACUCACAAGUAUCUGCUGCCUCUGCCUCCAAGCACUGGGAUUAAAGAUCCAUGCCACCACACCCAGCUAAGAUGCUUUUAUCUCAAAGCCACAAUCUUUUGCUUCCUCCAAGUUAUCAAGGGAAAGACUUAACUAGAUGCAUUCUUUUAACUAGAACACUCUUCACAUUGGAAAAGAGAAACUGGCCUUGUUUCACAACACAGAAAAAAAGCACAUAAGUUCAUGAAAUUGGGCCUGGGAGUUGGCUCAGCUGGCACAGGCAUCUGCAGACAAGACUGGCAACCUGAGUGGAUUCCUGGGACUCCCACCAUGGAAGGAAAGAACCGUUUCCACAAGUGCCUCUGAUACUGUGCCACAGACAUAAACCCCCAUAAAUAAAUGUAAUAAAUCUAAA